UGUCGCCGCCCGGCCCCACCCUCGCUGCCGCGGAGCCCAGGCGUCCGGAACCGGCACCGGCGCAGCCGCGGGCCCGGGGUGCCGCAUGGAGGGGCAGGGAGGGUGGGGUGCCCUGGAGGCCCCUUGUGGGGCAGGAGCUGAGAGCGUCUCCAGCGUCGUGCGGAUCGGGGCUGCCCUGCUGCGGGGGUUUGUCCGCUCCCUGCUCGAGGGGGCCCCGGGGCCGCCCCGGCCGGUGCUGCCGGCGGAGCUGGGGGACGCGGAGCCGGGGGACGCCGUGGACGGGCCCCCCCUGGCCUUGCUGCGGGACGCUGCGCUCCGGGUCUGGGCCCGCCUGAGCCGGGACCCCGAGAUGGACAGCCUGGUGGGGGCCCUGGCCGGGCGCCCGGCCCUGCCCGCCCUGGCCGAGGUCUCGGAGGAGCUUUUCCGGAGCGGCAUCAACUGGGGCCGCGUCGUCGUCUUCUUCUACUUCACCUACCGCGUGGUGCUGCAGGUGCUGCAGGGCUCCGAGCCGCUGCGGACGGUGCUGGACUGGGCCGUGUCCUUCCUGGCGCGGCGCCUGGCGGCCUGGGUGCAGGGCCAGGGCGGCUGGGGCUCCAUCCUCAGCUACAGCCCCCCGGAGCAGAGCCAGCCCCCGUGUGCGGGGGGGGCCCCGGGGAGCCCCGAGAAAUAAAAGCGAUGGAGAAGCUG